CAAGACGAACAUUACUGAAGCCCCUGACAUUGCAUUACAGACAAAAGCAUCAAAAUGUUUUACAUUACACAGAUGUGUCUUGUCAAAUUUGUCUUUGAUUUAAACUGUCUCCAAUGAUUAAAAAGUUAAGGCUUAAUGUCCGUUUUUGUUUAGCAUAAAUAAACCUUCGCCUGCAAGACUUUACGCGGGGCUUACGGACCCUUCGCUCCUCUUGGGCUAAUCUACGCGCUCCAAAAAUAAUGAGCCGCUUCGGGUUUUAUUUCAUUUUCCUCUUCUUGUUAGUGAAAAGCCCGAGUGUGAUUUUGUUCCUGUGUUUUGCCAUUUACGUUUACAUUCAUUACAGAACGCGUUAGAGGAGGGCGAAAAAAAAAAACCGAGCAUGGCUGAAUCAUGACAUCAACGCAGACGCACUGAUGGAGAUGUAGGUCGCCGCUUUCACCAUCCGUCUCAUCUGUUUACAAACACGUCACGGAUCCGUUGUCCUUGCGUCCACGGCUGGUAAAUGGCGUCACAUCCAAGUGAUGGACUGUGCUGUUCCCGUCCCGGAGGUCAACACCAAAAAGCAGGUCAGACGGGGGUGGUACCUCACCGGGCAGCGAUAAGACCUGCAGGGUGCUUGAUAAGAGAUCUCUAUAAAGCAGAGGAGCGCUGCUGUACACUCCCAAGUCCAGACAGAGGGUAGGAUUCAAACCAGCUGUUCUUCUCUUACACGCCGUCGCUUUCACCCUAAUGGGCCUCAUCCUGUCGGCCUGGCUGAGCGGCCGGGCGGCCGACAGCGUCCCCUCGUCCUCUGCGGUCUUCCUCCCGCUGGCCGUCCCCACCUCGUCCAGACUGGCGCUCACCCUGAGCUCCCCGGCGGUGUCCCCGGCGGACAGACGCUCGCGCUGGAGCUCGCACCACCGCUCUCCUCACUUCCGGCUCUCUCCCUGCAAGCAGCAAGCCACUCGCUCACCUGCCGAGCUCAGCAGCGACGGGGUCAGGGCCGAGGUGGGUGUGGAGAGCGGGCUCCAUGUGUGGGAGGUCACCUGGAGCCCUGAGCACAGGGGGAGUCACGCCGUCAUAGGAAUUUCGAGGCGGGACUGUCCUCUGCAGGACUCGGGUUAUAAAGUGCUGGUGGGUGGAGAUUCCCUGUCGUGGGGAUGGGAGCUUAAAUCCAAUCAGCUCUGGCAUGGUGGGAAAACUCUGGUGUGUUAUCCGCGUGAAAGGAGGAGAUUGCGCUCUCAGGCUGCAGAGGCCUUUAGAUCAAAAUCCCCAAACUCCCUACACAGGCAUGAGACAGAGACGCCGCUCCUUAUCCCUGAACGUGUCCAGCUGGUCCUGGAUGCCGAUGCGGGGACCCUGGGGUUUGCUGUCGGAGGGAGCUUCCUUGGCGUUGCAUUCAGGGACCUUCCUUCUGGGGUGGAACUGUUCCCAGCAGUAAGCAGUGUGAGGGGUGGAGCAAGGAUUGAAUUACGUUACUUGAACGGGACCACGCGUAAUCCUCCUGCUCUGAUGGCUCUGUGCGGACUCUCAAUUCUUCAAAACGUAGGCCAACAAAGGCAGAACCAAGUGGAUCAACUGCCUCUGCCACCUUUACUCCACCAUUACCUGCUUUCUUGUUUCUAAUUCCCUGCCAUAUUCAUAUGCAAACCUGAUUGCAUUCGCUUUUAAAUACACUGUAAAUAUAUGAAAUUUCCUGUGGUGAAAGAGUGUUGAUUCUUAUAUUAUUUAUUGCUAGUUUUUAUAUUUAAGUAACCCACUUUGGGAAAUGGCAUUACCCCAAUAGGCCUCCACACAAGCCUGAUAAGGACUCUUUCAGUUGCAAUCACAUGUAAAACGUCUGAAUGCAUGUUUCAUUUAAAGCAACUUUAAAGAUACGCAUAAUUUUUCCAGGUUGCAGAGCUAUCUUCUAAUUAUGAACAUGUUUCUGAAAUAUUAAACCACCCUCACUAGUUCUGACUGUACAUGCAAUGCUCUGCUGGAUGUUCUUAAAUAGUUGAAGUUGAUUUUAAUAUUCUGAAAACUGAAAAAAAAAAUACUUUUAAUGGUACUUGGAGUGUGCUGUCUUUGAGUACUCCAGAAAAUACAAGUUUUAUAUGAGUCAAAAGAAACGUCCAAUAGUUUGCCAUAAUGUGCUUUGUUAUUAUUUCAUAGCAUAUUUUUGUUAAUCACAUUAUAUUGAAACGACCGAAACUGAAAACUUCUUAUUUUCCUUAUUGUUUUCUGAAUCUGAUCAAAUUUACAUUUCCAGGUACAGUUAAGUGAAAAACAUUUCACACCCCUGGCAGAUUAAGACUUUCUUUCCACCAGCAAGUGUGUUUCUGGUGGGUAAAUUAGACAAGCAUUUC